AUGGGUAAGGCAAUUUCCUUCAUCAACCUCGAGCGUAAAAAUGCUCACUGGCAUCAUGCAGCUUUCAAGCUUCAGGAAGCCUUUGGCGAUUCGGUUGAGAUCAAGGUCUUUGAGAAGAAUAGCGAUGUAGGCGGAACAUGGUUCGAGAACAGAUACCCAGCCUGCGCCUGCGAUGUGCCCAGUCACAUCUAUCAAUUCAGCUUCGCUCCGAACCCCUACUGGUCAAAAUUCUACGCUUCAUCCGCUGAGAUACAGUCAUAUCUCAAGGCCGUUACGUUGCAUUAUCGGCUAGACCGAUUCAUUACAUUUAACAGUCGAGUGGAAAAGGCCGCGUGGGACGACGCGCGCUGUCUGUGGACCUUAACGGUUGGAGGAUGUGAAUACGAGAGCGAGAUCCUGGUCAAUGCGAGUGGAAUCCUCAACAACCCUAAGUUUCCAGAGUUUGCUGGCCUUGAAGCCUUCAGCGGAGAGGUAGUUCACACCGCUGCCUGGGACGAUCAAGUCGAUGUCACAGGAAAACGACUCGCAAUAGUUGGUGCAGGUGCAAGUGCCAUCCAGGUUCUCCCAGCAUUGCAGAAAGAUGCACAUCAUAUCGACAUCUACAUACGGACGCCGUCUUGGAUCACUCCUCCGAGUGGUGCCAGUUUCUCAAACGAGUACAAUCAUAUAUAUACUGCGGAUGAAAAGGCCCAGUUCGUUGAAGACGACAACUACUCUCUUCAGAUACGAAAGGAGAUGGAAGCAUCAUUCAAUGCCAUGUUUGGUGCCUUUCUAAAGGGCAGUGAAAAGCAGCAGGAGAUGCGAUCACGAAUUGAAACGCGGAUGAAGGAGCUUAUCCACGAUGUAGACCUACAGCAGAAGUUGAUUCCGACCUUCGAAGCAGGCUGUCGCCGUCUCAACCCUGGCGAAAGAUAUCUCGAGGCUCUGCAGCAAGAAAAUGUUACGCCGGUCUUUGAGUCGAUUCAAAUGGUCACGACCGAUGGCAUCCAAGACUCCUCGGGGAAGAUAAGGCCGGCAGAUGUCCUCAUUGCUGCCACAGGCUUCGAUACGUCGUUCAGGCCUCGUUUUCCGAUCAUCGGCACAGGCGGACAAGACCUCAGAGAGAUGUGGAAAGACGAACCUGCUUCUUACUGCGGUCUCGCGGUGGCGGGUUUCCCCAACUAUCUCCUCUUCCUCGGACCAAACACCCCCAUUUCUAACGGCAGCCUGAUGGGCAUCCUCGAAGGUACAGCUGACUUCUUCAUUCGCCUCAUCCGAAAGAUGAGAGUGCAGCAGGCGUCGUCUUUCGAUGUUCGACAGUCUGUCCAGGACGACUUCAACAACCACACCCAAAGUGUCAUGAAGGACCUUGUCUGGACCGGGGGUUGUCGAUCCUGGUUCAAGAACAGCCACGGCAGGGUCACGGCCGUCUGGCCUGGCAGCGGACUGCAUUAUCGGGAAUUCCUCGAGGCCGAUCGAUGGGAGGACUUCGAGUGGCGGUAUGACGGGAACCGAUUCGCCUAUUGGGGAUUCGGUUUCUCUCAGCGCGAGGGGGGUGAGUCACCGGAUUUAAGCUAUUGGAUCAAGCCACAUCCCAAUCUACCCCUGGAAGCUCUACGACGUGUGGCAGGUCCACAGAACUCGGCUAUUCAGGGGCAACCUCACUCAGACCUCAAAGGAGAGUCGGAACUUGAGCCUCCAAAGUAUCAGGUCGACUCAGGGGAACCCAGCAACUUCGAAGAACGAAUCCAUCUCAGCCGCUGGGACGAGGAUCGGGAAGUCGCAGACGAGCCUCGUAUUGACUUCUUGUCGAGUGUUACAGCAUUUAGUGUCUGA